CACCCCCACUCAGGCAGUAAUUUACAUUCCGGACUGAUCUCAUCUGCCUUUGAGCUGCCUCCAAGAAAGAGAAGCAUAUCUGCAGACAUACCUAAGCGAAGUAGUGGAGAAUGCGCAAAUGGUGCGCCAACCACUUCUAAUUUAUAAACAAGGAAAGUGAGUAGACACAACGCCAGCGGGAGAGUUUAAGAUCCGUGCCUGGAUCUGGCUGAGCUGAGCGAGAGGCUGCCCAGGGCACGCAGCAUCAUGGCAGAGCCAGACUACAUAGACGGUGAUUGUGACGAGCUGAUCAAACCCAAAAAACUCAUAAACCCUGUGAAGACAUCGCGCAACCACCAGGACCUCCACAGAGAGCUCCUGAUGAACCAGAAACGGGGCCUGGCUCCACAGAACAAGCCGGAGCUGCAGAAGGUGAUGGAGAAGAGGAAGAGGGACCAGGUGCUGAAGCAGCAGAAGGAGGAGCAGGAGGCCCACAAGAAGAGAUCUGACCUGGAGAUCGAGCUCAUGAAGAGACAGCAAAAGCUGGAGCAGCUCGAGCUGGAACAGCAGAAAGGUGAAGAGGAGCAGGAGAACACGCCAGAGUUUGUCAAGAUGAAGGGGAACCUGAGGCGGACACGGCUGGAGGAGGAGCCUCAGGAACACUCUCCUUAGAGACCGGGGGGGGAGUCCACGGCACACGUUGCUAUAGCCACGGAGUCUGGUGCGAGUUCCUGGUGUUCCCGGUCCCCUGUGUCCCUUUAAGCAGCAAAGCGACUAACUGUGUAGAUAAAAAAAAGUCCCCUGCAGCUAAGAGGCUCACCAGUAUUCACCAGUAUGCACCAGUAUACUCUUACCUCACCCACACCAUCGGUACCAGUGGGAGGAGGAACUUGCCACUGGUCAAAAGCAGACAGGCCCCAAAAGAAGUGACAAACAGAACUGAAAAGGGUUUUUUUUUUUUUUUGGAAAGCUACAGGAAGCUACUUUUUAUUUAUCCACAUUGUGAAUGGAAACUUGGACACUGGAUGAACUCUUGAAGCCGCAUUGAAGUCUUUUUGUACGCCAAAAUUAGUGCUGUUAUUUAUGCAUUUUUGUCAUUUUCCUGCAUUCAUAGAAGUGGAAAUUUUAGCUGAUCAGACCCUGUGCUUUUGUUUUAUCUUGUGAGGUGAAGCUUGUUUUCUCUGUUUUGUGGAAGUCCGAGGAAGUGUUCACCUGUGUGGUUCACUUUGCCUGCUCUUUUUGUUCUGUAUUCCACAUUCCCUUUGAUACACCUGAUUUAAAUAAUAGCAGGAUUUUAGGUGUGAGCGUGUACUUUCCUUUAUACAUAUUUUGUUGUUUUUUUUAAUAAAUUCAGAAUUAAGGAUAAAUAAAUAUGGUACUCUAGCCAAUAUUUCUUUCCACUGAAUGGAGCUUCACUAAACUUGAACAGAUGGUGUGAGGACAGUUUUGUACAGUAUUUUAGGGAAGGGAACACACCAAUACGCAUAAUUCAGGCCUUAUGUGGACACUUAUUUUUCUUACACAACCAAAAGCUUGUCUUAAUAAAAAUGAUUUUGCAAUGCUCAA